CGAGUAGCUUUGAAAUAGUUGUUAAAUGCUACAAGACAUAUUCAUAUCGUUCUACAAUUUCUACAAUUGAGUGAUUAAAAAAGAAAAAAAACUGAAAAAAUGGAUAAACCGUGCCAGUUGUUUUCUGCAAGCUUAAAUAAAAUUGCUUGCAAAUUAAUGGUCAAGGAAAGAAAAGAUGGAAAGCCGAAAGUACCAAAAGGUAUUCUAGAUGAAUAUGAAAUGUAUAUUAAACAUAUGUCCCAGCAUUUGAUGUCGAACUUCGAACUGGACCAUCCCCUAAAUAUAACCAAAAAUAUUGUCGAUGAUACGUAUAAUAUCCAUAUUAAAGUAGAGUUUCCAUUCAAACUGACCCCAAAGAGAGACGAAAUGCGUUCCGGUUUUGUAUUUUUAUGCGCCGAUGAAAAGGUGGAUCAUCCCGCUGUAGUUGAUGGCUAUCUGGAUCGUCUAGCCCUCGUUCAUUGGGUAAAACAAAAAAUAUUAAUGCCAUUGGGUUCAAAUCAACUUAUUCACGUACCGGUGGUGGAGUUUGACUACUCUCAGUUUCCGAAGGAAUAUCUUCCCAGUAAGGAAUGUGGUCUACUGCAUCAUACAUGGUAUGCAGUACCGAUUAUAACAACUCCCCUUGAUAGGAGAAGCUUCAUGGUCUGGGCUCCGGACUGGGAGAGAUGCGUAAUGGACAGUCAUCCACAAAGCCGGGCCCUUUCGUGCCUGCUGAAGACUCUCUGUUUGGAACGAUUUAAAGAUGAGAAUCAUAUGGAUAAGCUGAUCCGUUCUUUGCUGCUGCACGAGAUACCCAAAUUACCCCGCGACCUAGGAGCUAGUCUGAUGCAUCUUCUUGAGACCUUAGUGAAAAGAUUGUCGAUGGGCAGAUUGCCACCAAUCCUAGUUGAUAAUGUCAACUUGCUAUCGAUGGACAUGGAAAGCUUAGAGAAGUUUCACGAUACAUUGAAGUCAUUAUUGAAGUACCUGAGAUGUCACAUUGAAAAAGCUAACGAGUUUCCUAAUGAUAAAACUGACCCUAAUGCAUCAUUUUUACAAGAUGAUAAGGAGAAGAAGGAUGAGAAGAAGUAUAAUUCCGAAGAUGAGGAGGAAGAUGAGGUGGACCAUAAAGUGGAAGAUGAUAUUUUGUUGUGGCACAAAUAUCUUGAAAUUAUGUUUGGUUUAAAGCCCGACCCAUCCCCAUAUCGCAAUAAGGGGAUAUCCCACAAAAAAAAUUAUUUUCACAACAAAUAAUUAUUUGCACAUCCCAACUUCGACAAGGGUUGUAUUUAUAAUUUAAUCUUAAUUUUUAAGAAUAACAUAAAUAC